AUGAAACAUCGGAUAAAGGAGAAACAAGCAACGAUUUCAAUGCUAGGCCAUAAUCCGUUUAACACUGGUUCAAACAUCAUCUUCACAUGCGAAAAUCAAGGACAACAACCCGUUCGCUGGUUCAAAAAUGGCUUCAUACUUGAUUAUGAUAUUGAGAAUAAUUCAAGAAUGAAAGUAAAUUUAUCUACAUUGUUUAUAGCAGAGAUUUAUGGAAACGGUAGACUUCUAACAAUUAGUGAUGUCCUUGAAUCAGAUUCUGGCUUAUAUUCAUGUGCUGCAGGACCAACCGCGAUUUUAUCUAAAUCUCUGGCUGUUAAUGUUACAGGUAUGCGUUUUAUUGAUUUCAGUGUUUGA